AAGAGAGACCUGAAGGAUUGGAGUAUCACCAAAGAACUAGCUAUGGACAGGGGUGCAUGGAAGCUUGCUAUCCAGGUGCCAGAGCCAUGAGUUGGCCGCGAGAUCUUAUGGGUUUCACCUCUAGCCUGCCCCAACUUGUUUGGGACUAAAGGCUUUGUUGUUGUUGUUGGAAAACUCUUGGAUCAUAAACUUGCUUAGAUGAGUCUUUUGAAGCACAUUGGUAAUUUUUGUCACUCGUACAUUGAGCUAACCAACAAUGUUCUUAUAUUCUUUAGGCAGCCGUUCUCUGCAACUUAGCACAAUACUUGGGGCAACUAAUUGUGUACUCUUUUUGUAUGUAAUUUCUCUAGUCUAUGAACUAAUAAUUGUUAUAUGUUGUGUAAUCUUUGGUGACGCUCGGUUGGAGCCGAUGAUUUUCUCGAAGGCAAUCAAAAAACUUUAUUUUCCAUGCAACAUGUUGCAAUUUUUCUCAGUGACGUUGGCCGAGUGUUCCAUCAACCAUGACCCCAUAGAAUUGUAUGGGUAUAUAGCUGUGCGGGAUGAUAGGGAUGGCAUGCGUAACUAUGUUCUUAAUUAUAGCAGGGAUGAUCCCAUCAUCACACAAAAGGGUUCUUCCAUUCAAAUGACUGGACCUAAGAGAAACAUCGAAUUGGUUUCCCCUGUUUUAAUAGAGUUUGAUAUGAGGAUCAAGAAUGGAGGGCAAGAGGAGGAGGAUCUGCAGUUGAUAGAUGGAGCAAUAUCAUGCCAUGACCGCAGAUCAUGGAAACCAGUCAAACAUCGCAUUAAGGGCAAUUGUGGUGCUGUUGACAUGUCUUUCGCAUGUGUUGAUCAAGCAGUGGAAGCAACAAUAGAAGUAGUCAUAUCAGAGGUGCAUAGUAGUUUCAGUUUAUCUCUGCGGUCCUUUGUUUAUGUUUUGGAAGACUACGAAGAAAUUCAGCUUUUCCAUGGCUCUAUUGAUCAAUCGUGUGGCUUGAGAAGGUUUGUGCUUGCUGUCUCGCACGGUGACAUGAUGAUAUUGAAGUUCAGGUUUGGUAACAGUAAUGUUGAACGCCGACGUUCUUUUAAAGCUGAGCUCUACGGAUGUUCUAGUCGACAGAUAAAGCAUGAGCUUGCUAACAUCUCAGUCAAGGUGAAUUGGUCCACAAAUUCAGCUUUCUAGGCUCAUGGCAAUGUUGAUUAGUCACGUUCCAUGCGAAGAUCUAUGGUUGCUGUUAACGUGGGGAACUUUGAUGCUAUUGAAGUUCUUUCUUUUUUGUUGGUAGCUUGCCAAGCUGGCCGCUUGGUGCUGUUGAAGCGUUAACACCCCUUGCUAAAGCUAUAUGGUCGUGCUAGUCUGACAGACAACAUGGAGCUAGCUUCUGUCAUGGGGAAAGUGAAAUGAAAAGAAUCCAGGUAAACUACAGUCCGGAGCUUGCUUCUAUCCCGGGGAAGAUGACCAGUUGGCGACACUUAUUUUGGAACGGAGGGAGUAUAUAGCACUGGACGGAUGUGCCCUUUAUUACAUACUGAUUUUGUGCUGGAAUGAAGAGUAUUGUUUACCUUAACCCCCAUUCUAUUUAGCUGUUGGAAUGUCUGCAUGUUCUUUAAGUUAUUUUUAUAUGUGUUACUAGUGGUUGGGGCCACCAAUGUGGGCCUCCUGCGUGUUCCUUUGUGUUGCCAUGUUGGCUCUCUACAUUAGGCUGGCUUGUGUUGGUGCUAUGUUGGCUCUAUACAUUGAGAUGGCUUAUUUGUUACUCCCUCCGUAGAUUGAAAAA